UUCAAUGCUAGCACAUUGCCGAAGAAGAAUGUCUCGGGGACUUACAACAUUGCUGGGACAUACUGUGUGCUUGCAAAUAAAAUGCCAGAGCGAGAAGGUUCAAUUCAAUUACUCUUGCACGGGCUGGCAUACACGAAGGAGUACUGGAACGGGAUCAAGUACCCCAACACCACCUUCCCCGGAGAGUUCUCUUGGGUACACCACGCUACCGCUCAGGGCUACUCUACGCUUGCUAUUGACAACCUGGGAAAUGGGGACUCGGACUUUCCAGAUCCCAUCAAUACCGUCCAGCUGCCUUUGCAAUUAGAAGUCAUCCGCGAAAUCAUCAAAGGCCUGCGAUCCCAAUCCUUCUCUUGCAUACAAGCCAAAUACAACAAAGUCAUCUUCGUAACGCACUCCUAUGGGUCCCUGGUAGGUCGCGCAAUGGCACAGGACUACCCCAACCCCGCCGACGGAGCCGACGCAUACAUCCUCACAGCAUCGUCUACAAACCUCGUCGGAAUUAAGGCCGCUGGCGCAAAUUUUCGGCCUCGCGCUGCCAGCAUCCAAAACCCCAAAAGAUUUGGCCAUCUCCCUCCAGCAUACGUCCAUAUGGAUCCAACUGCGCUCCGGGAGAUUGUGUACUCACUCAAAGGCGAGUACGACCCCGGAAUGCUGGCCUGGGAUAUGAUGCAACCCCACUCCUUUGCUAUUGGUGAACUCGCUACAUUCAAGAAAAAUGACACAUCCGAAUUCGCUGGACCGGUCAUGUACUUGACGGGAAGGAUCGAUGCGAUUGUCUGCGAUGCGGCCGGAAAUACGACGAUCUCGAUCCCAAAUUGCGGUGUACGGAGGUCUUCAAACCCGGGAUUGAGUGUUGAGAGGUUUCCCAGGGCGAAGCCGUUUGGGGUAUAUGUCCCAGAUCAGACGGGCCAUAAUUUGAACCUCGGAUACUCUGCCCCCGAGACCUUUGGUGCUGUGAAUCAGUUUUUG